AUAUAAUAUUCAGAGAUCUUUAAAUUACGAGAUAUACAAACUCGAAAGUUUAAAAACCGGAGGAUUUAAGAAUCUUAUACGAAAACUCUGCAAGAUUUAAGAAUUCUAUACGAAGAUUGCAAGAUUUAAGAAUCCUAUACGUAGACUCUGUAAAAACGAAAAUGAAAGUACCAUGGUUAUUAACGACGAUUAUCGCAAUGAGCAUAUUGAUUGCCGGCAUACGCUCAGACGAAGAUCUCAGAAAUACGAUUAAGUUGCUGCAGGAGCAAGUGAGCGCGUUGCUAGACCAUCGGCAGGAAGAUUAUAAUGCUUUGGAGGAGAGUUUAAAAAGAGCAAUGGAAAAGAACACCGAACUCAUCGUUCUUAGGAACGAAGUGAAACAAUUGAGGAAGGAAGUGAAUGUUCUUCGCGGCGGAAGCGGCAAUGAGGCGAAGAACGAGCGACUCCGGGUACGAUGGCUCGGCAGCGCUGUGAUGGAAUUGCAAAGUGAAGUUGCCGAAGUGCUUAAGGCACGUAACGCUAGUGAGGAACUGGCCGAGCGAUCAAGAAUGAGGAGCGAGCUAGCCUUGCUGAAAGGAGAUGUCGCCGAGGUUGGUAGGAGUAUACGCGAUCUUGGAGGCAGGAUUACCCAGAUUGAGGCUGCGCUAAGCACCAUCAGACUCGAUAUCGGUGCAACGAAGGAACGUGCCAGUCUCUUGACUCGCUCUUGCGCGGAUAUUGGCAGUCAGUUGAGCACAGUACAAAUCGAGCUGAAGUCUCUGAAGUGUGAGCCCACGCUUGCCAGUCAACAGCAGGAUCAGAAGCAAGAUCAUAACGACAAGACGAAUAUUUUUCAUAAUGAAGUGAGUGUACGCAGACGCAGCUAUGUACGUGCCCUAGCUUAUCGUACUCACUUUGAGGAACGUUUGCGGAACAUUGAGCGGAAAAUCUCUCUUGUGGCGCGAAAACGGGCGAUGGUGGAGAAGCGAGUAGUGUACGAGGAUGGUGAACAUUUGGACAAACGAGUGAAAAACCUCGAGUUGAUGCAGGAAGAACUCAUAAAGAGGAUGUUUAAUGCCAGUCGGGACUUAAUGCUGAUGAACGAACUGGGCGAGUCAGUGGUGCGACUGUAUGACUCAAUACACGUACUUGAGGAAGAUAUCAAUACUAAUCGUUCUGAAAUAAAGCGAGAACUGGCACAGCUGGGAAUCAAUGCAGUGCGCAAAGCUGCUGAGUUGUCAUUAACUAGAGAGGAAUUGGGAAACUUGCGGCGUACCGUUCAGGCGUUGAGCGUAAGUGCGUCACAGUUGCAGGAGAAGAGUGACGCGCAGCGAAAAAACCUAGACGCAUUGAACGAGACCAUCAGUCGUCUAGAUGUUUCCCGGAACUUGGUCCAAGCGGUGAACGUCACACGCGAGCUAGAACAAGUGGAGGAUCAAUAUCGGCUCAUGGUGGAUUCCUUACCUGGCAAUUGCGAGGAACGUAAUGGUCUUACUCUGCUAGCUUCUAGUCCUGGAGUGCCGUUGUUUGCUUCUUGCCGCGCCGGCUGGAUCGUUAUAUCACGUAGGACUCAUGGUAUCGUAGAUUUCGAUCGUACAUGGAACGAAUAUUCGGUUGGAUUUGGCUCACCGGUUAGCGAGUUUUGGAUUGGCAAUGAAGCAUUGCACCGGCUCACUCGUGACAACUGCAGUCGGUUGCGCAUCGACUUGACGGACACGUAUGGUGUGUACUGGCGUGCUGAGUACGAACAUUUUAGCGUUGACUCUGAAGAAACUGGUUACCAGCUUCAUGUAUCUGGUUAUUCCGGCAACGCAACAAACGCUCUAUCUUAUCAAGAUAGCAUGGCAUUCAGCGCCAAAGACCGCGACAUGGAUAUUAGCAACAUCAAUUGCGCAGCUAAUUACCAAGGUGGAUGGUGGUUUAGCCACUGCCAGCAUGCCAAUCUUAAUGGCAGGUACUCGUUGGGUCUCACAUGGUUCCAAUCUACCAGGAACGAAUGGAUGGUAAUCACAUCUGCGGAGAUGUCAGUACAGCGAAAACAAAAUUGUUGAUAGUUCUGAAAAUAGAAUGAAUCAGUGAAUCUGUUUGCAUAGAGAAUAAUGAACAAUUAAGUGAAAUAAUAACUUCCAUUGUCUUAAAUGACCACUGUCUUAAAAAAGUCUGAGCGAUCUAUGUCAUACAUACUUGCACGUAACUAUUCGACGAGAAUACUAACUGUAAUACCAAAGAAUUAUAUAUAAUUUAAAACUCAAUGUAAAUACGAUGUACAAUUGUGCAGGUUGAAUGCUGUAAACGUAUCACGAACGUACAAUCUUAUUCUAUUUGUAUAAUAGUA